AUGUUUUGGCGCCUCGUAUGUGGUGCGUACGGCGCGUGCUGGCGAACAUGGUAUGCAGUGCAUGUUGAACACAAGGGUGCCUACUCGCUGGAACGCCUGCAGAUGCUUCACACUUUUCUCGACCAACAAAAGUCAAGCGCCGCAACAGUUAUACUCAACUUUAAUGUAGCGUUAGGGACUCCUGUGCCGUGUCUCGUCAUCGCAUUGGUGUCUGAUGCUAUCCCUCUCGCUCCCCCGGAAAAUGGUCCACGUGGUAAUGUUAUGUUCUGGGCACGGUCCUGGUUGAUCAUGGGGUCUUUCACCUUGGCCGUGUUACUGCCAAUGCACCACCCAGGUAUCGCUCCAAUUCGAGAGCGCCGUGUUUUGCUCUACCUACUAUCGGCUGGAAUUUCGACGGUGUACACGGGCUUCCACUUCGCAGUGGCAUUAGCGAUCGGAUUUCCCGUGCCGUUCUCGUAUCUGACGCUUAACAUCGUAUGGAUUUCACUUCUCGUUGCUGGUCUCUGGGUGUAUGUGGGUCCAGCAUGUCGAGCUAGUGCAUUUGUGCGCCAACGACUAAAAGCUCACGCUAUCUAUAUCUACGCCGCUUCCAGUCUAGCUGUAGUUUACCCUUUGUUUUAUUACGCUUUCUUGCAUGCUCGAGAACACGCCAGUGCACAAUUCAUGCUGACUUUUGCGCUACCAGCACUGAAGAUGAUGGAAAAACUACUUCUGUAUCGCACAACAUGCCAUGCACCGGAUUUACAGCCUGUCUUCAUUGCGUUCAAUGUCGAGGUAUUCAACGCACUAUUCGUUUCCAGUUGCAUGCAAAACGCGACCUCGGUGAGCGUGACAGUCGCGUUGAUGGUUGCCGAUUUUAUGGGAGCUUGUGCUGCACUGUACGGGCUGAGAAAUAUAAUGCUGCGUGUUGAUGAGCUGAAUGUCAAGAUGGGGCCUGAUGCUACCCGUGCGCGAAUGCUAGAAAUUGCUGGGUUUAUUGCAAAGCACCACCACCUUGACCGUCUCGUCACGCAGAGAGGUAGUGUGGAAUCUCAGCACUCCUACAGCAAAAAUGCAUCCGCCGUCGCUCCGUGGAUAAUCGGAGAUGCUUCUAGUGCGGAUAAACCUGGCUGGGUUGAAAAGGUGAAGAACAGAAACAAUAAGCUAAGCGUUGUUAAUGACGGCAAAACGGCGAUUGAUCAGCCCAAUUUCCCGCCAAAGAAUGCCUGGGGAAAGAAAAGGUUGUCGGCAAAGAAGAGCGCUAUCAUACCCACCGAGAUCAGUGUUCCAUCUCCAUUUAAUCGUGGACCUAGUGUCGAAGAAAUCACCAGUAAUUCGUUUCAGAUGGUUGAGAUGCUUACUGCUGAAGAACGACAGCAAUUCGUCCACGAAACCUGCCGUGUCUUACGUCGUGUUGAAUUUCUACUGCUCGUGGAAUACACUGAAGUGAUGGUUCCGCUUGUCUAUGUAUACCAUCUCCCAAAUCGCAAGUUUUUCCCAUACCUGAACGAAAUGUCCGAGGCUGAUCUCAUCAACACAAUCUGCAGCGUACUAAUUUAUGGAACACUACAACUACUUUCCUUUAUUCUGCUCUUGGUUGCGCUUAAUCGACGCUUUCAGCUUGCUCCAGGGACAAUUCUGCGUUUCGUUCUUGGUAAAGAAUGGAGAGUCGUGCAAAGCCAAUUUGUGCUUUGGAUCAUUUACGUGCUCCAAUCAUCAAUACAGCACGUUGGCACGGACUACACGUUCAAAUUCAGGUGGCUUCAAAAAAAGUUGAAGGAAUAA